AUGAACUCUCUGAUUGCUCUGUGUCUUUGGACUCUCUUGGCUGCCACGAUUGGAAGUCUUUCAUCUAUUCCCCUUCUGCCGGAGAAUUCCGGAGACCCAGUCCCAGAGAUAUUCCGCAAAGGACUGAAGAACAACUUGGGUAUCGUGUCAAAAAUCCAGGAAAUUGUCCGUGAGCUAGAAGAAGCACAUAUAUUGGCCCCUCCUCGCCUGAACGUCAAUAAGCUGGGUUACCAAAGCGAGUUCCUGUCCAUCCGUCCAGGUCAGACACGGACGUGUCUCAUGUCAGAGUUCCAGUUGGAAAUGUGCCUCAAUGACAUCCUCUCCGGGCUCCAGCAAUACGACAGCCUCCUGAGAUCCCCGGUGAUAGUGAAACACCUCGGAAACCAUCUGCAGCGACUGGAGGAGCUGCACUUGGACAUUACUAACUUAAGAACGAAUCUUCAGGAACUGAUGAAAUUUUCCUACACUAUCGAAGCUCCUUACGGAUCGGAGCAGUCUGGUUACACAUUGCCCAGCUAUCAGGGGCAUUUCCAGGAACGAGUCAGUGUUUACUUUGUGCUGAAACACCUGCAAGAGUUCUCAAAUCGCAUUUUCUGGUCUUUGCGUUACAUCAGUGAGAAGUAA